AUGUUGACCUCCACGUUCAUCGCCGUUGGCGCCGCGGUCCUGGCGUCUUUCGUCUCCGCACAAGAUGACAACCAUUACACGGGCGAUGAUCAAUGUAGCCAGAAUACAUUGAUGGCCUGCACAUCCCGCUCAGCCGACGGAUGCCUUAAAAUCUCUGGAUCUGGACAACUUUGUGUAGAGAAGACUCAAGAUUGUGAUGAUACAUGUUCCCAAGUGGGUCCUAACAUGUACGCCUACAUAAAAUGGAGGUCCCCCGAUGACACCUGUAUCUGCAGCACCAAAGACGCCAGCAAAUACAUCGGCCAACCAGCAACCCCCAACCCUCCGCGCAUUAUCACCGGGGGAAAAUGCAACUUUCGGGGCCUGGCAACUUGCCAUGGCCAAAAAGCGUUCGGUUGUGUGCAAACCGAGGAUGCACAACUUUGCGUGAAUCAGACGAAGUACUGCGACGCUCCAUGCUUAUUACUCGGAGGGGGGAUAUACGCCUACCAGAAAGCCAAAUGUGAAGUGUAUAUGGAGAUACAUGAUGCUGACUCCCGUUCCAAUAGUUCGAAGGACCUAUCGUGUGUUUGUACCUCGGAGGAUGCUGGCGUGGGUCGUGGAAUUGACAAGCGAACGGCCUUUGUAGCUUAA